AUGCAAAGAGGGGAUUAGAAAUUGAAAUUGAAUGGUGAGGGAAGAUAGAUUUGUGGGACUAUUGCUUUAACAUUCAAAUUUGCACAAGGUUAUGAAUUGCAAUACAAUUAAAAGUCAUGCUUUAUAAAUGAUCAUACUCUAGAAUAUGACGAAUGCCAGUUUUUAGCUAUUCCAAAGGACCUGAAUAUAGAGUAUUGUUAUACUAUAAAUGAAAACGAAGAAAUCAAAUUGGAUGUCAAGGACUACCAUUUGGAUGACAUUUCUGACUUUGAAUAAUAGAAAAAAUGGCAAGAAUCUAAAACUUCUAAAUUUUUUAUUCCUUAUUUAACUAUCAGUCCAGAUCAUCGAUAUAUAAUUAUAUGUGUUGCUGUAGAACUAUUAUAAAAGAUUGAAACUUAAAGAAUAAUCAUUAUUGAUACAUUUAAUCCCAAUAUCAAAAAGGUGUUUUUCAGGACUUCUUUUAUGGGGUACUAAAAACCAUAAUUUUCUAAGGAUGGCAAUUUUGCUUUCAUCAAUAUUACAAAAAAUGAGGAGAAAUCAAGAUUCUUAAUAUUGAAUCUUAAGAAUGGAAUAUAAGAAGAAAAAAUCAUUAAGUUGCAUCGUUCAGUUAGAAAAAUAGAUUACGAUGCCUAAUCUGGUUGUUUGUUUUAUAUAACUAAUUAUUGCAAAAUACAUCAAUCACCUUUGAAUUAAGAUGGCACUAUUGAUAAAUCAAAGAAAUAAAUCUAUAGAAUUAAUGUGGGACCAAUCGAUUUGUCUGGUUCUUUUAUUGCUCUCACUCUACUUAGUGAUUCAAUGGUACUUGUUGUAGAUGAUAUAGGCCGCUAUAUUGUUUCUAGAAUUAGAAGCAAUUGUAAAACAGUAAAAUCAUAUUUGUAUAAUCAAUAUUUACCUCCAUAAUACACAUUUAAAAAGGCGUUUGUUGUUAUGGCUGAUUCCAAUUCGACAUAAGUUGCUCUGCUAGAUGUUUCAAGAGGCAAGUUAAUUAGAUCGAUAUAGGGGGCUAAUUAUUAUUCCAAAGUUUAUGGUUAUCAUUAGAAAGAUUCAUAUUUUCUCUCUUUUGUGGCUUUAAGGAGUUGCAAAGAAACCAAUCAUAAUUAGGUUUCAGUAGGGAUUGAUAGCGAUAGCUAGAGUGAAAUGAGAAAAAAAAGGUUGAUUUUUGACUUUAUUAGAGGAACUGAAAUUGAAAUACAAGGAGAUGAUGAUGCUUCCGAAAGUUUCUAAGAUAUAUUUACAAGAAAUAUUACUAUGAGAUUAUACGAUAAUAAAUUAAGUUAUAAAUUAAAACUUUGA